ACUAUUUCUUAUGUACAAGAAUAUCGUCAUAGUUUUACCUCAUAUUCUCAAACAUUCUUUUAUUUUUUUAGUUUCUCAGAAACAAGAGUUUGUGGUGUACGUUUUUCUGUGUGGUUUUCUUCAGAUGGCCACACCCUCCUUCAGAGUGACAGUCAGUCACUGUGAUGGUGACACACUGAUGUGAGCUGUUUCACAUGAGUGCAGCUUGUAUGUAAAGCAGGGUGAGUCCCUGUGUGAGUCCCUGUGUGUGUGUGUGUGUGUGUGUGGUUUUUAUUUCAGACCGAGGAAAACAACAGUAAACAUCGUAACUCAUGGGUUCGAACAAUUCUCAGCCCAAGUUGUUUCAGGGCGACAUCGUGGAGUUCCCACGGAACAAAUACUUCUCUCAUUUUGGAGUUUACUACGGAGAAAGAGACGGCGUUCCGUAUGUGGCUCACCUCACCUGUCGAGAUUCCGACGCCAAACUCCUGCUCUUUGGUCGAGCUCUGAGGUCAAAUGUGAGACUGGACCCUCUGGACCUGCUGGGGAAAGAAUACAAGGUCAGUAACAUGUUGGACGACUCGUUCCCUCCGAGGGAUUUCCCCGACGUGGUGAAGCCGGCCAUCGACAACCUGCUGGGCACAGAAGUGACCUUUGACAUCCUGUUCCACAACAGCGAGCACCAGGCCACGCUGCUCAGAUACGGAGUGAAGCGGUCCCAGCAGAUAGAGAGAAUCUACAAACACAUCAUGCCGGCCUGGAAGAAGCCAUUUGAGAAAAAGGAACUGUGAGACUUGACCUCCACCACCAGAGGGCGACAUUGUUCUCUUGUACGUCAGUUAAAGUUGUGACUGAUGUUGACUUGGAACUUUUACACAUAUAUA